GCGGGAGGCGUGGGCGAGGGGCGGGGCGGACGCGGAGCGCUCGUCCGGCUGCCCAGGCCAAGGGGCUGAGAGCAGUGGGGCAGGCGUGGCGGCCGCAGGAAGGCACUGAGAGCUGACGGGAGUCCGACGCCUGGUGCUGCGAGCUUUCUCUGAGCUAUGAAACCCACGUAGUCGAACGUCGUGAUGCUUCUUCUGUAGGGCGUGUGAUGAGGAGCAGAGUUUGGCUUUGGAGUGCUCGGAACCAGAGGAAUUGCCGAGGACUCGGAGCCCAGCCCUGAUCACUAGAGAGCCCACAACACAAUGAACAAAUUGAACUUCCAUAACAACAGAGUCAUGCAAGACCGCCGGAGUGUGUGUAUUUUCCUUCCCAACGAUGAAUCUCUGAACAUCAUCAUAAAUGUUAAAAUUCUGUGUCACCAGUUGCUGGUCCAGGUGUGUGACCUACUCAGGCUAAAGGACUGUCACCUCUUUGGACUCAGUGUUAUACAAAAUAAUGAACAUGUGUAUAUGGAGUUGUCACAAAAGCUUUAUAAGUAUUGUCCAAAAGAAUGGAAGAAAGAGGCCAGCAAGGUACGACAAUACGAAGUCACUUGGGGUAUUGACCAGUUUGGACCCCCUAUGAUCAUCCACUUCCGUGUGCAGUACUAUGUGGAAAAUGGCCGAUUGAUCAGUGACAGAGCAGCAAGAUACUAUUAUUACUGGCACCUGAGAAAACAAGUUCUUCAUUCCCAGUGUGUGCUCCGAGAGGAGGCCUACUUCCUGCUGGCAGCCUUCGCUCUGCAGGCUGAUCUUGGGAACUUCAAAAGGAAUAAGCACUAUGGAAAAUACUUUGAGCCCGAGGCUUACUUCCCAUCUUGGGUUGUUUCCAAGAGAGGGAAGGACUACAUCCUGAAGCACAUUCCAAACAUGCACAAAGAUCAGUUCGCACUGACAGCUUCUGAGGCUCAUCUUAAAUAUAUCAAAGAGGCCGUCCGACUGGAUGAUGUUGCCGUUCACUACUACAGAUUGUAUAAGGAUAAAAGGGAAAUUGAAGCUUCUCUGACCCUUGGAUUGACCAUGCGGGGAAUACAGAUUUUUCAGAAUUUAGAUGAAGAGAAACAAUUACUUUAUGAUUUCCCUUGGACCAAUGUUGGAAAGUUGGUGUUUGUGGGGAAGAAGUUUGAGAUUUUGCCAGAUGGCUUGCCCUCAGCCAGGAAGCUCAUCUACUACACAGGGUGCCCCAUGCGCUCCAGACACCUUCUGCAGCUCCUGAGUAACAGCCACCGCCUCUACAUGAACCUGCAGCCUGUCCUGCGCCACAUCCGGAAGCUGGAGGAAAACGAAGAGAAGAAGCAGUACCGGGAAUCUUACAUCAGCGACAACCUGGACCUCGACAUGGACCAGCUGGAGAAGCGGUCCCGGGCCAGCGGGAGCAGCGCGGGCAGCAUGAAGCAUAAGCGCCUGUCCCGUCACUCCACCGCCAGCCACAGCAGCUCUCACACCUCGGGCAUCGAGGCUGACACCAAGGUCCGGGACGCGGGCCCCGAAGAUGCCUACCCCGGCAGCGCCAUCCACCGCAAGCUGAAAACCUGCAGCUCCAUGACCAGCCACAGCAGCUCCCACACCUCCGGGGUGGAGAGUGGCGGCAAGGACCGGCUGGAGGAGGAUUUGCAGGAUGAUGAAAUAGAGAUGUUGGUUGACGACCCCAGGGACCUGGAGAGGAUGAAUGAAGAGUCCCUGGAAGUCAGCCCAGACAUGUGCAUCUACAUCACAGAGGACAUGCUCCUGUCUCGGAAGCUGAAUGGACACUCUGGGUUGAUUGUGAAAGAAAUUGGUUCUUCCACCUCCAGCUCCUCAGAGACGGUGGUCAAACUUCGAGGCCAGAGUACUGAUUCUCUCCCACAGACUGUAUGUCGAAAGCCAAAGACUUCCACCGAUCGACAUAGCUUGAGCCUCGAUGACAUCAGACUGUAUCAGAAAGACUUUUUGCGCAUUGCGGGGCUGUGUCAGGACACUGCUCAGAGUUAUACCUUUGGGUGUGGCCAUGAACUAGAUGAGGAAGGCCUCUAUUGCAGCAGCUGCUUGGCUCAGCAGUGUGUCAACAUCCAAGAUGCUUUUCCAGUCAAAAGAACCAGCAAAUACUUUUCUCUGGAUCUCACCCAUGAUGAAGUUCCAGAGUUUGUUGUAUAAAGGACGUCUAUGUGCAGCUGUACAGACAGCCUGCUGUUCGAUAGAGGCUGUGAAAGCCAUGGGUUCUUUCUUUACCUAUUACUGUGCCAUAUUUUCUUCACCCCAGACAUAGCUCUUUCUUUAUAAUAUUUGCGACAGAAAUAAAAGCUGAGGGACAGUUGCACUUUAAGUAUUACACAGAAGUAAAAGGACUGCAGAGAAUGUACACAAGACAAGUGCCCAGAAGUUCACUGAUCCUUUGGAAGGAAAUGUGCUUUACUGGUUACCAAGCCUUCAGAAUAUCCAACUGUGGUGUGUUUGUUCAUUGUUUUGUUUCCCAGUUCAGUUACAUGUAACAACACUUUUUUUUUUUUAUCAUGUGAAAGAUGUUGUUGGGUUCCUUUGUUUGCUUGUACAUUUUUUUUACCACUCCGUCAUGAAAUGCCGGUGGUUGGAGGGAAGAGAGAGAGAAGAGGCUCUCAUUUUUUAGUAGAGAGACCGUCACCUACUCAGAGCCAUUGCCACCCCACUGGGGCUGUACCAAAGUGAACACGAAUGAAGCAGUCAAAAUCCAGCACGCCAAAGAUGCCUCCACCAGAACGGCAGCCGAGGGCCAAGAAGAUGUGAGUCAAGCAAUAACCAAAAGACCAUGCAUGCCGUGAUGCCUUGUGACUCCUUCACACCUGGUCAGUGCCACGUCAUCCUCCUGCUCUUCCAGAAAGCUCUAGGACUCAGCUGAGCCCCUUGUCCAAGUAACGGAUCAGUUGUGUUCAUGCCAUAAUGAAUUUUGUGGAGUUUCCAAAACCAGUUUCUGUUAAAACUAUGGAAAUGUCUUAAAAUAUGUCUGUACUUGGUGGAUUUUUUUUUUUUUAAAUCAAGAGCAAAGUAUGGUCAUGCUGGUUU